GAGUUCUCGGGUUACCAUGUCGGUGCGAUGGGAAAUUGUCCUAAUGAGCUUCUUUCUGUUCAGUACCGCCCAGGCUGGAGGAUAUUGUGGACCGAACAAGAUGUAUGCGUGUGUGCCCACGCUUUUUUGUAAAGAUGGUCGCAGCACGCAAAGAAAUCCCGCUGCUUAUUUCAACAGGCAGUGCUUUUCGUUUGAGACUUGCUGUGACGUUAAUAGGGUAAUUUAUGGAAUGCGGUACACUGGAGGAGAGUUCGAGCCUGGUCCAUACGAACAAACCAGCGAGCCAUUCAACAAUGCAGGUGGAAAAACUUCUGGCACAAACAGUCAACAGUCAACUGGUAAUACGGGUGCAAAUAGUCCGACCUUGAAAAAAAAGGGCGGAGUGUCAUCUAUAACAAACAUUCAAAAUACUAAUAAUGGCGAAGGCAAAACUUUUACAACAAAUAGUCAAAUGCCUAGUUAUACGAUGAAUAGUCAGCCAUCCAAUAACGCAGGUGGAAAAACCAAUACUGCAAACAAUCAGGCACCCAGUGACUCAGAUGGAAAAACUUUUACACACAGUACAAAUUUCCAUGCUCAUAAUUAUCUUAACAAUAAUUCCGGAAAAACUAAUUUAGGAAACCCACCUACGGCUAAUACUAAAAAUACAAAUAGUCCAACUUAUCAUCAUUAUCAAAAUGUUAAUUACAAUCCCAGUGGUAAUUCAGGCAGCGAUGUUGGAGUUUAUAGACAGUCUUGAAACAUUUAACUAAAUAUAACACAAAUUAAAGAUUAUUCAUAAAUUAAAGAUAAGCAAGAAAGCGAUUCGAAACUUUUAAUAAAUAAAUACAUACAUAUCAAACAGCAGUAGACAUAGACCAACGCUAAAAAAAAACUGGUGAAACCUUCACUCGAUUCAAGAAAUGAAAAGUACGGUCUGAUAACCGUCUGGAAAAAGGCGGAAGGCGAUGGAGAGAAAGGUCAGCUAGACCGCUGCAGCUGUCACCAUUGACAGGAAGUCAAAAGUUAGCGUCCCCCAAAAGCGGAACUGAAACUGACAGCAACAAACACACUCACCCACUCGCCUCAAGGACAGCCGAAAAGAAAAUCAAGGCAUGACAGAAAUAAAGGACAAAUAUCUAUAAGAAAAUAAAAACCAAAAUUUGAUUUCCACAGACAAGUAAAAUAUUUUUUACCCCAUUCUUCGCAUCUAUCGAACCUAUGCCAGCUGCUGAAACCAAAAGAAAUUUUAAUAUAAGAAAAAAAGGAAAGCAGGGAAAGAAAAUAGAAGGACGUUCUGAGUGCGUUUUCCAGAUGUUUCCCUUCAACGAGAAUUUGUCAUUUCUUCUUUUUCGUAUUUCCCUGUCUCAUUCUAAGCUUGUUUGCAUGUGUUUCUCAGUGUGUUUGUGGUUUGUCCUUCCUUUGUUAUUUAUUAUUGUUUUUCAACAGGAAAUUCGUUUCCCUUGUUGUUUUGCUUCCUGCUUAUUUUUGUUACCAGUUUCUCUUCAUAAAUUUCUUCGACUGUCUGCGGCUGAUUGGCAAAAUCGGCCCCAGAAAGCUCUUCGUAAGCCUGUAAACUAAAUGCAUUAGCUAAUCUUAAUUUAAAUUAUUUGGCAGAGCUAAAAGCAAUUUUCAAUUUCAAUUAUAUGCUUGAGAUUAUUAGCCUUGAAACUUACUAUUCCUAUAUAAAAGGAAUCAAAAUCGUGGCUUGGUUGCAUAUGCUUAUAUUUAACAAAUAUAUAUAUAUUUUUUGUAAUACUCCCAAUCCAUUUUUAAAACAAGACGCAAUCCUUACACUCAAUUAAAUCAUCUUAUUUCUGGUCAAAAUAUUUUACAAAAAGUUGGUCGAAAAGAAAAAGAAAGCUACCGUGAGGCGGCAACUCAAGCUCAUUAAUUUAACUUACGCAAAAAGGAAACCAAGUGGGUGUGGGAAAUUCAGGCCAAACAAUACCGAGAUAGAGGGACCGGAAAACAGGAUGUGCGGCCAGGUACGAGAAAGAGGCAACCAGAAAAAAACCACCAAGAAAAAGUAGCACGGAAGCGGAUUUUCAUUCAAGUUGCCAGCCGGGAGGAGGAAAGGAGGACGCUUUCUCCACCUCGGCCCACAAUUUCUCCUUGGUAAUGAUUCAGCAUUAAAUUUCGGGUGACUGAAGAAAGGCAAGAAACAACAAAAUCAGCAGCGACAGCAACAAAGAAAAUCAGUAAAAUGAAACGAUGUCGACGUCAAAGCAAAUGAAACUGAAGAUGAGACCAGAGCGAAAUUUCGGACGAACAUCAUUAGAAAGUUGCUGGAAUUCGGUUGUAGCCGGAUGGUGGGGUUGGGAAUGGGGCUGGUGUUUGGCUAUAUCCAUCCGACCUUGCUAAUUGUAUGACAACGGGGGGUGGGAUUCGCCCACCUGGCCAUUGAAAUCAUUGCUCCGUUCAAGUAGCUGAGCGCAUAAAACUAAGCUGCCAAUUCAAUUUCGUAAUCAGAGUGGCAUAAAAAAUUAAAUAAAACAUGCAAAUAAAA